AUGGCUUCUAUACGUAAUAUUUUAUUAAUUUUUUUAUUGGCAUUGUUAUGUCUUUCAAUAAUAUCGCAACAACAUGCUGAAGAAGAAUCAGUUGCAGAUGGUUUUAUUGAAGGAUCUGCAUCAUAUCCAAAUAAUCCUGAUGAUGAAGAUUCUGAUGACGUUGAGGCAUCCGCUAUUCCACCUGCAGAUUUGAAACCAGCAAUACCAAUAGGAAAUGUUGUUGAUGAGACACAUACUUCUCCAGUAAAUAAAAUUGUAGUACCAAUAAAUGAUGAAUCAACACCAACAUUUAUAAAAGAAGACCAAAAUACAGGAGUUUCUAUUAUAGGAACAUCUACUUCAUCAUCAUUACCAACAGAAAGUCAACUUCUUUCAAUUAUUAAUAUAUUAAUAUUUGCAUCAAUUAUUGUAGUUAUAAUAGUAAUUGUUGUUGCAUGUUAUGCAUGUAAAAGUAGUAAUAAAGAUGGUUAUACACGAGGAAAUAAAAUGGGAGAAAGUAUUUAA